AUGACGACCGAACACCGCGAAGCGCUAUCUGCUUUUCUAGCAUCAGAGUCGUCAGGCGAACAGCCUGCCACCGGCCGCAUUCUGGGCAUGCUGAAGCAGAUGAAGGAGGAGAUUUCCGACAACGUCAAAGAGCUGUUGAACCUGGAGAAGCAGCGCAUUUCGGAGCACGAGAGCUUGCUAGACGCUAAACAAAAAGAGGGUGAGGCAGCAAUGAAAGCCAUGGAAGAGAAGAUGCUUCGACUUGGUGAGCUGAAGGUAGAAAUGCAAAUGGUAAAGGAUGAUAUCAAGGACUUGGAGCAGCAUCUUGGUGAGAGCUCUUCCUUUAUCGCCGAUCUCAAGAAAACAUGCGACGAGAAGCAGCAGGCAUGGAAUGCUUAUCAAUCAGCUCAAGCAGAGGAGAUUCGGGCCUUGUCAGAAACUGUGGAGUUCUUAGAGAAGAACGAUGUGCAAGGUGCGGUACGUGGAGCGAUGAAAAACCCCUCGUUGAUGCAGAAAUCUCCGAUGUACACAUUACCAACAUCUUCCCGAUUCAUGUCCGAAUCCAAGGAGGAGCGAGGGAAUUGGCUCAGCCUCCUUCAGAUGAGCGCUGGCAGCUCAGAUGAGGCUUCCCAGAGCCAGAAGUCUGACUACGCCGAGAUGGCUUUGCGUGGGAAUCGGCCAGGGUUGGAAGUCGCGAUCCAAAAACUGGAUGAGCUCCAUGAUGUUCUGGACACGGAACAAGCAUCGGAUCAGGAGCGACAGCAGUACUGCCAAAAAAAACUGGGGAAGGCGGCUAGGGUCAAGCAGAACAAGGAACGAGACAUUGAGGAUGCGACGACCAUCAUGGCAACUUACGAGAACGAGCUCAGCACAGUGGUUGACGAGAUGAGAGACAUGGAGAAAGCCAUGAAGGAGCUGGAUGCACAGGUUGCAGAAGUUACAGACACUCGCAAGAGCGAGCAUGAAGCUUUUGUCAAAUCCCGUGAGACCAACAAUGCAGCUCUAGAGCUGUUGGAUGUGGCAGCGCAGCGCAUCGAGCGGUUCUAUUCGGGCAGCCUCCUUCAGGAGCGACACAGCGCGCACCUUGCCUCGGCUUCGAGGCAGGGAAGAACAAAGGAUGCACCGGAUGUUGACCUGACGUACCGCAAGCAAGGGGGCGCCUCGACUCAGAUCAUAAUGCUCUUCAGCAGGAUCAAGGAAGACCUCCAGAAGCAGAUGGCGACCUUGGAGUCCGAAGACAAAGCGAAGGGCGGAGGGCGGCGGAGGACGCGCGUGUGCCGCGUGCUGUUGCUUUGUACUGAGGGACAGACGGAGUACGAAAACAUUGUGGAGAAUUCUAACAAAAAGAAAACGAUCGGCAACGAGAACCUCGGGAGCAAGCAGGUUCCCGGCGAAGAAGCAACUGCUCCUGUUCCAAUGGUUUGUGAGAGCCAGGCGGCCAAGGCUGAGCUACAGGUCACACUCCAACGGAGUCGCGAUGCGUUGCGAUCCGACAAACAGGCAAUGGAUGUCAGUGCAAGUUCCAAGAAAGUUUGGCUUUGCGCAGAAAUUCUCAGAGUGUUCGAGGCACUGCUGGCCGUGGAGGAGGAGAUCCAGGGCUUGCAUGCGGAAUGCGACUUUUUAUUAAAGAUCCUGGCCCAGCGAAUUCCAGCAGCGUGA